AUGGCUACUUCGCAAGGUGUCAACGUACUACGUUACUCCGCCCUUGGCGCAGGCAUUGUCUACGGCCUCUUCCACCAAUCGUCCCUCACUUCACAAGCCAAGCAAGCGCAGAUAGAUCGCGAAUACAGCCGCAAGGAAUCAUUGAUUGAGCAAGCGCGGGCAGAAUACGCAAAGAAGAAUGCGCCAGCAGAAGUUAAAACAACGAGUAGUGGAGUCAUAACCGAUCCGGAAGAUAAAAGAUUCGACCUUGAAGCGUUCAUAAAUAUGAAAUUCGCCGAAAUGGCGAAAUAA